AUGGAUCGCUGCCCUUCUGCGGUUGUCACUUCCCAGAGAAAGGUUUGUCCGCAGUGUCGACAACCUUUGAAGCAGGCUAGACCAGGCCAGUCCGGAGCAGUGGGCGCCCAAAUCAUAGCAGAGCCUGACAUUAUCGCGGCUUGGCAUUUAUCCAGCUCUUGCCCUGCCUCCUGUCAGCAGGCCAGGUACUGGUGUGGCUUCGUCGAAUUUCGCAUGCUGCGGCAAAAUAAGAGGUGCACCUUGCGCAAAGAGAUUGACUUGCCUGAUCCGGACUAUUUCUUUCUCAAUUCUAGAACUGGUUUAGCAAGAUCUUGGCUCCGACGCUGGCGGUACAGAAUGUACCUUCACAGGGCCAGUUUUCAAGGUGAAGGCAUUUUGCUUCGACUGCUGAAUGCUGCUGUUCGAUACCACAUCCGCCAUCAGCUCCGAGAAGGUUGGCUUCGGGAGAUCCUCUGCCGUCGAGCUGCGGAAGCUGGCGUUGACGUGUCCAAGACGCUGCACGAGCAUGUCUUGAACGGCACGGCCGAGAAGCUCAUUGCAGCCAAUUGGAUUUGGUAUGAACCCCUCAUGUUUGCCAGGCGUUUUGCUCAGAUGCAAGCUGCUGGAGACAGACAGGACAUCCUUGCCAUAGACGGGAACUGCAAGCUGCACAGACGCACCUGCGGAAUGCCUUUUGCAGAAGUCGUCCCUUCUCCUCACUUGAACAAGCUGCUGCUUCGAGGCUGCAGCGCCAGACCACAUGGCCGCGACACGCUCUGCUGGAAGCAUGCGCACGACAGGGAUCGUCCCCAACAGCAUCGCGCAGAAACUAUUGCCCGCCAUCGCCUCAAGAAGGCUUUGCAUACUGAUGGUGAUGUGUGCCACUUUGAAGUCCAGCUUGAAGGGUUUCGUGGCUGGCAGCCAGCUUGCACUAUCAAAGAAGAAGUGUUGGCCAAAUAUUUUGCCUCCCAAGCUGACAAGAACAUUCGGAGAAGAAGGCAGUGCAGAGUUGAGGCCCGCGCUCAGAAGUGGACAGGCCUUAGACCACGCAGAGCGAAGACUUUCUUAGCACCAUGGCAUUCUGCCCAGCCUCGAGAGAAAAGCACUUGCGGGACCCACAAAGAGGGUCGCAAGAUGCCCAUGCUGCCGCACGCACUGCUGGUUUCCUUUUUGCUGUUGCCCAGUCUCACAUGCAUUGUUCAUGAUGACAGCUGCCACUUGAAAGCUAUGUGUCUGCGCAACCAAGCUGAUUCUCCUGUGGCAGCUCGGCUGGCCAAUUUUGACUUCAUCAUUGAUGAGUUUCACGCUGCAGGACAUUCUGGUGCAUGGUGCAAGGAGACAUGCCUGCCAAGUCUGCAGCGCAACAAGGAGGUCCUCAAUGGCUUCCCCACUGAAAUCGCUGAAAGCGUGAACUCGCAAUUCAGCCCUUUGGGCCAUUGCUUUCAUCAUUAUGGACCUUGGUUCGCGCAACUCGUCUUGCAAGAGCUGGCAGAUGUCCACAACCUCUCCCGACUGCAGUCGCUGCAGGACAAGAAGCGUGGCUCUGAGAAGAAGCGCAAGCGGGAGGUUGCAGCAAGUGCGCUCGCCAGCGGGAUGCCGGCCUCACCUCCGGAAGAGUUGAGCAACAAGGCUGUUGAUGCUCUGUGGACAGCGGCGUUGGAUGUUGUGAAGGACAAUUUCAAUGCUGCGGAGCACCUUCCCAAAAAAGUCUACGAUUUCCUGCUACCAAUAGCUGCUUCGACGUGCCAAGGCCUCUUCUCCACUGUCAUGAUGUUUGCGGCUGCCAUGCCUGCCCUCUCCAAUGGCGCUAGCGUGCGCGUAUGGAACCAGAAGCCUAGCCCCUUGGCUUUGCUUGUGUUGCACAUGGCGCCGCCUCAGCGUGGAAAGUCACGGCUCUUUCAAGCAGUGGAACUUAUGUUCGAAACUGCAGAUGACUUUGUCGCGAAGCUCGCCAAGGAGCAAGCAGAUCAAGUAGCCGCCAAGUUGGCACCUCCCGUGGAAGGUGCCGGGCCUUACCCUGAGCUGCAAAUCACGACCAAAUCCAUUUCCCUUCAGAGCUUUACAAUGACGGAAUUCUUCUACAGGUGCUCCGUUGAAUUCCCACAAGUCGAAAUUGCUGGGAAUAAGAAGGACAAAACCGCUGCGCGGGUAUGGUACGGGCAGGCGUUCAACCUGGAUGAGUGCUACGAGUUUCUGGAGCAAAUUGGCUUGUUGGGUGCUCGAGGGGACCGUGGUGACAAGCCUUCCGGCCCAGUGAAUUCCCACGCAAGCACUUUGAACACAUUGGUGCAGCGUGGGAAGACUAAGCGAGCCACUCGAACUUCAACCUCUUAUGAAAGUUCACGGACUCAGCACAUUGCUCUUUCCAUUCUUGGCAAUGGGCACCCAUCCAAACUCAUCAGCAUGGAGCGUGGAUUGGAAGGUGGGCACACUGCUGCCACUAGGGAAAGGUUCUUAUUUGCUGUGGAUGUAUCCACAGCAAGGCAUGGAAAAUUGCCAAAAGAUCUCCUGCGAGCAGAUGAUGAGCUCCCAGCUUGGACAUGGUUGCCUCUGACCCCUCUACAAGCAACCAUCUUCCGGUGGACUAGCCUGCUGAACAACCCACGCCAUUUUGAGGACAUGUCAAAGAUAGAAGAUGAGUCAGACGAGGAAGGGUACCCGGCCGUCCUCCCCGAUGGCGUCAGGUCAAGGGUUCGCUACAUCGAGGGGACAGACACCAACGGUCAGACUGUGGUGGUGCGGACAGAGUGGCGAAUCAGCGGGCGGUGGCUUCUGAAGGAUCAGACGGAGCACAUUUGCGAAGGUGCACGCAGGGUCUGCCACCAUUUUGAGAAGAGGCCGCAUUCGGUCCUGACUUUGCGUGAAGAUGCGCAGCGAUUGCUCUUGGGCAACCAAGUGGCCCAGUCCAUCCGAGCUGCUGGGAAGGAAGGCACUUCCAUAGAAGCGUUGCACGCCAACGCAGCCCACGCACAAGGCAUGCUUAGCGCUGCAGUGGCAAUUUUGGAGUUGGCUGCUGGCGGCGGGGAGCUUGAUUCCAAUGGCAACUUGGAAGUCACUGAGGAUCACGUUCAGGUGGCCGCGCGCUUGGUGGAGCUGAGCUUGCAAAUCCGGGGAGUGCUGCGUGGACCCUUAGAUGCAGCCGCAGUUGCCAGCUCGGAUGACUCUGACAACGACAUUUCAAAGCCAGUCGCCGUGCCUUGCCCACCUCACUCCUUUGCCCCACCUGCACCAACACAAGCUCCACCUUCCCAGCCGGGCCUUCAUGAAGAGGGGCAGACCGUGCCUGCAGAGCCUGAUGCGCAUGUGCCAGUGGAUGUGCCGGCAGGAGUCUUGCAAGAUGAGGAAGACAACUCUGGAGAAAUGCCUGCGCCUGUUCCUCUGAAGUUUUCUGAUUUGGAAGCGCCAGAAACCUUCUUCGCCAAAGGGUUCGGCAACAACAAUUCAAUGCUGCUUGCCUCCCCGGAUGGUCUUCUCAAGGACCGCGAGCUUGUGCAGAAAUUGCUUUUGCUCGGACGCAGCGAAAUCAAAAUGUCCAAGGUUGUAGACGUCUAUCAUGUGGUCAAGCGGGUUGACGGAAAGAGGCGGAAAGCUCGACCAAGCCAAGCUUUGCAAGUUUUGACGAAAGCCUUUGAGCUUUUUCCUCGUCUUGGACGUGUCUCGCCACCUGCGCGGCGGGGAGGUGAUACUACGGUGUUCCUCCGCGCCUGGUCUUCCAACAUGGCCAACCAGACGCAGUACCACAACGAAGCAAUGAAGUGCUGCAGGGUCAGUAUCCGCGAAAUCUCCAAGCGAAGAGCUUUGUGGCAUGACCGGCACGCUGGGGAGGAGAGGCUUCCAAACAUUCCUGCAGAUGAGGAGGAGCUUGCCCACGCCUCUGCGCAGCCUCGGCUGCCUCAGCCUUCUACUCCACCAACGGGCCGGUGCUGA